AUGUGUCGAUUUUUGGUAUACAAGGGCAGAAAUGACAUCCUUCUAAGCAAACUUAUAACUGAGCCCAGUCACUCUAUCCUAACCCAGUCUUAUGAUUGCCGAUUGAGACUGGACACACGGCGUCCGGUAAACGGAGAUGGUUUUGGCGUCGGAUUCUAUACUUCCCCGGAGCUCGGUCCGGAUCCCUGCAUUUUCACCUCUACCCUUCCCGCAUGGAACUGUGACAACCUCGAGCGGAUUGCGUCUAAAACAUGCUCUUCACUUGUAUUCGCCCAUGUCCGAGCAACAACAGAAGGUUCCCUAGCAGAGAACAACUGUCACCCGUUCCAACACAACACACUCAUGUGGAUGCAUAAUGGGAACCUGGGAGGAUGGUACCAUAUAAAACGACCGCUUGGCGACUCGCUAGCUAACAAGUGGUAUCUGGGCGUUAAGGGAGGAACCGAUAGCGAGUGGGCGUUUGCUCUCUUCUUAGAUCUGAUGGAAAAGGAAGGAGUUGAUCCCAGCUCAGCGCCAGAGGGGGGAUUCGGCCCUGAACUGUUGAGAGGAGUGAUGACUAAAACGAUCAGGAAGAUUAACGAGUUCAUUGCUGCUAUUCCGAAGGAAUGUGCUAUGACUGACCUUGAGGUUAGAAGUCUCCUCAACUUUGCGGUAACAGAUGGGCAUUCUGUCAUCUGUACCCGGUAUGUGAGCAGCAAAACGGAUGAGGCAGCUAGCUUGUAUUUUUCGUCUGGAACAAAAUGGAAAGAAGGCAAAGUCAAAGGCGAUUUCAAGAUGGAACGGCACGACAAGGGGGCUGAUAUAGUCCUUGUUGCCAGCGAACCACUCACGUUCGAGAGGCCCCACUCUGACCUUGUUAAAAAUCUAGAUAACUGGGUUACUGUACCAACAAACUCCAUCCUUACCAUUCAUAAGCAAAAGGUUCUCAUACACCCCAUCAUUGAUGAGUUUUAUGACGGGGACCCAAAUCACGAUAGAUCAUCCGGGUUUGCCGUCUCAAAGGGUCUAGUGAGCAAAGCUCCUGGAACCACUGUUGCCCCUGAAGGCGAGGCUGCUCUCAGGUCCAAUGGAAUAACCAAGACUAGCAUUUCGGCAUGCGCGGCAAGAAGAGAGCUGGACAGUCCGAGCCUAGAGAUGCACCGGAGUACCAACGGGAUCGCCCUUCCUUCUUAG